GGCGCCCGCCUCCAGCGCGUCCUCGGGCUUGGCUCCCGCCGGGCGCCCCGCUCUCUGCCCGCCGGGGGCCCCGCGCCGCGCCGCACCGCGCCGCCCCCGCCGGGCCAUGCGAGCGCGGGCCCCGCCGCGAUGAGCUCGCACAUCGCCAAAAGCGAGUCCAAGACGUCGCUGCUGAAGGCGGCGGCGGCGAGCGGGGGCAGCCGGGUUCCCCGCCACGGCCCUGCCCGGGAGCCAGGGCUGCCUGGCCGCCGGCUGCCCGGCACCGGCCCCGGCACGCCGCCGCCGUCCGGGGACCCCAGUUCGCGGAGGCCCCUGUGCCGGCCGGCGCCGCGAGAGGAGGGAGCGCAGGGGAGCAGGCGCGGGCUCCCCCAGGCGCACUGCAGGCCCCGGGAGGCGCUGCCGACCGCGGCGUCCCGACCUUCGCCGCCGUCGCCGCUGCCGCCGGCCCGCGGGCGGGAUGGGGAGGAACGGGGGCUGUCCCCGGCGCUCGGCCUCCGGGGCUCCCUGAGAGCCCCGGGUCGCGGGGACUCCGCUCCAGCCGCCGCGUCCGAGGCAGACCCGUUCCUCCACCAGCUGCGCCCCAUGCUCAGCUCCGCCUUCGGCCAGAUGCGCCGGGAGGAGAAGAACAGCUACAUGGUGGUGCAGAUGAGCCAGGAGGGGCCCGCAGCCAGCGGCGAGCUCCCGGGACCACUCCUGAUGCUGGCCCAGAACUGCGCCGUCAUGCACAACCUGCUGGGCCCCGCCUGCAUUUUCCUGCGCAAGGGCUUCGCCGAGAACAGGCAGCCUGACAGAUCACUGCGGCCAGAGGAGAUUGAAGAGCUCCGAGAGGCCUUCCGAGAAUUUGACAAGGACAAGGAUGGCUACAUCAACUGUCGGGACCUGGGCAACUGCAUGCGCACCAUGGGCUACAUGCCCACGGAGAUGGAGCUCAUUGAGCUGUCCCAGCAGAUCAACAUGAACCUGGGUGGCCAUGUGGAUUUUGAUGACUUCGUAGAGCUAAUGGGACCUAAACUCCUGGCAGAAACAGCAGAUAUGAUCGGAGUGAAGGAACUGCGAGAUGCUUUCCGAGAGUUUGACACCAAUGGUGAUGGGGAGAUAAGCACCAGUGAGCUACGAGAGGCCAUGAGGAAACUCCUGGGUCAUCAGGUGGGACACCGAGACAUAGAGGAAAUUAUCCGAGAUGUGGACCUCAAUGGGGAUGGACGAGUAGACUUUGAAGAGUUUGUCCGGAUGAUGUCCCGCUGAGGCCGCCAGGGCCCCUCCAGGACUGCCAAGCUCCUGGGCGGGAGAAGAGGAGCCGCAGUGCGCCUCACCCCGCCGCAGCCGCCGAGAGCCCAGGAUGGACUGGCGGACGGGGCCUGCCUGCACCCCGGGGAGGUGCCCACCCUGGACCCCCACCCCUCCGCACUGUGAAAGACUCACAACUCCUGCAACUGGAAAGGGGGGGCGCCCGCCGCCGCCGAGGCCACCGUGCCAAGCCGGCAGAGGUGACGCCGGGCGCCAAGUGCCACGGACCCAGCCGCUGCUGGUGGGGUGGGCCAGGGAGCCCGCCGGCAGCCCCCACACAGCAUGUCCGCCCCGGGGCAAAGCCUCUCGCCGCCCUCCUUCGCUCUGUGCCCGUCCCAGCUCGCCACAGCCCUGUUCUCUCAGAACCAAUAAACGUAUUUCCCAGGCAAGGGC